AUCAACACAAUUUUUUAUCCAACGUCAGUCCCUAUCAUUUUGCCUUUUUUUAUGAUUAUAUUUUAUACAAUAUUUUCAACGUUUGCCAUUUAUUAGGGUUCCUUCAAUACUUUGUCAUGUGUUACCUACUGUGUACCCUUUUGUCUGUAACAGGUCUGUAGUUAUCUACACUCAAUUACCACCUAGAUGGUAAUUUGAAAUUGGCGUCGCAGCUGUUCAGGGCGAAGGAGAAGACGGCGACGGUACCGAAGACGAAAAGACCGACGACGGUUUGACCACCGAAGGCGAAUCGGUCGCGGGCGAUCUAACGGACGCGACGGAAGACGCGCAGAGCGACAACGAGAUACUCGAACCAGAACCCGUGGUUGAACCCGAACCAGAACCACAACCACCCUCCCCGGCACCAGAAGAACUUUGGGCAUAUCUCAAGGACACCGUGUGCUCGAAUAACCCGCUUAGCGUCGACGACCUAGUUGACAAACUCAUGACUGCCGUCACGGCCAUACCACAACCCCUACUGAACUCUGUGGUCAAAGACACUAUCAAAAAACAAAAAUCAAUUGACGAAGGAAUCGAAGGUGGUCCCCCGGCCGAAGGUGAUCCCGCAGCACCCACUGACCCAGCUGACCCUGCAGCACCCGCUGACCCUGCCGAUCCGGCGGCGCCCGCCGACCCUGCAGCUGAAACAGCCGCACCGACCGACCCAGCCACUGAAGCGGCGGCACCGACUGACCCGGCCACCGCGGCGACGGAACCAGCGGAUCCGGCCGCAGCUGCACCGGCUGAAGUGGCGGAAGCACCACCGGCUGAAGGUGAACAACCACCGGCGGCCACCGAGGAAGUUAAACCGGAAGAAGCGCCCGCCGCUGAGGCCGCGCCCGACGCAGCGCCAGCAGCGGAAAGUGUACCGGAACCAGCAGCAACAGCUUAAAAAAGACAAUGCAAAAACCAGAGCCAUUCGAUCGUGCAUUCUGAAUAUUUUAUACUUAACAUCGUCAAAUACAAUCAGCGUUAUUUUACUAUUGUAUUCUUACAAUUUUUUUAAAUUACCCAUAUUGGAUACUUAUAAAUUAUAAUGCAUUCAAAUUGUUUUCCGUAUUAAAAUAAAAUACCUAA